AUUGCAGAGUAGAAUCACAUAGUCACCUAUACAAAUCCCAAGACGAUGGUAACAAUGACUCUUACACGCCUGCUCACCCGAACGACGACUCGCUCAAGUACAAGCUCCCCCGCCCGGCUCAUCGUUCGAGCCUACUCAACCCCGGUGACAAAGGACGACUCGCACCCUCACCUCUACUUUCACCACCUAGCAGACGGACGUCGGAUAGCGCUCUCUUACCUCGAAAGGCCACCAAAGGUGACGAAUUCAAAAGGGGUGAUCGGAUGGCUACCUAAUGACGCUUCGGCCGGGGUAGGGGAUUUCAAGGAGAAUGGCGAAUUUAGGACUUUCCUCCAUCAAUCAAUAAAAAAGGCCAUCGAGACAGGAGCAGCACAGACGGUCGAAGUGGAAGCGACCACGAGAGGAUCAGACGGGUUCAUGCACAUCUCCGACGAACGAAACCUCCCUCCUUCCGGUCGGAUCCCGGAACCAGAGGACAUCAUCGCUUCCAUCUACGUACGAGCCGGUAAAGCCCUGCCAGAGACGUACGAACCUCAACCUAUGCACCGUCUCUUGACGCACGACGGGGCCACCAUCUUGCCAUAUGGCAUCGAUGCGUACGUAUUGAGAGAGAUGGAAAAGGCCGUCAAGCUUGAAGAGGCGGAAGGGACGGGUGGGGAGUAGUGCAGGUAUGCUUAAGAGGUGGGCGGGGAGGCGCUAGAUUUCGGAUCAGAUUUGUGGUUGGACCUGUUCGGCUGCAAGGGGAGAGAUCCAAUAGCUCGUCGAUGAUUACUUGUAUAUAAUAUACACGACCCAGGUCGAAAACGCUCGGGUAUCCAUCAGAGCAACUUUUCCAGCU